AUCCCAGAAGCCUUUGGGCACACCUGGAAAAGGCAGCCGCUUCCUGAAAAGCCGAUACUGGGAAUCCUUAGCGUUAACAAGAGGGGGAAGAGAAACUGGAUGCUUGAAAAUUAAGUCCCUCGAGCGUGGGAAGGGGAACUAUUAGAAUUGUUCUACUACUUGCAAGAGUUCUGCUGUUAUUCUGGAUUUGGUUAAAUCUCUUGGGAAGAUGGGUUGCCGUGAUGUCCAUGCCGCGACAGUCCUCGCCUUCCUUUCUGGUACAGCUGCCUUAUCUGGACUUAUUGCCGCGGCUCUGCUGCCUAACUGGAGACAGAUGCGACUCUUCACCUAUAACAAGAAUGAAAAGAAUGUCACCGUGUACACUGGGCUCUGGAUUAAGUGUGUUCGUUUUGAUGGCAGCAAAGACUGCGUCAUCUACGACACUGAGUGGUACACAGCAGUUGACCAGCUGGAUUUACGCGUCCUCCAGUUUGCUCUCCCCAUAAGCAUGUUAACCACUGUCUUGGCUCUGUUUCUCUGUUUGAUUGGCAUGUGCAAUACCGCCUUCAUAACCACUGUCCCCAACAUCAAGCAGGCCAGAUGUCUCAUAAACAGUGCGGGCUGCCAUCUUGUGGCCGGCCUCUUCUUCCUUCUUGCAUGUGUCAUUUGCCUGACGCCAUCGAUCUGGGUCAUCUUUCAUAACCAAGAACUGAACAAGAAAUACGAACCAGUUUUUUCCUUUGACAUCUCCGUGUUUAUUGCCAUUGCCAGUGCAGGAGGCUUGUUGUUUACAGCCAUCCUCUUAUUCCUUUGGUACUGUGCAUGCAAAACGCUUCCUUCCCCUUUCUGGCAGCCUCUGUAUCCUCAUGCGCCCAGUGUGCAUAGUUAUACCUCCCAACCUUAUUCUGCACGGUCACGCCACUCUGCCAUUGAAAUUGACAUUCCUGUUGUUACACACACUUCCUAAAUGAUAAGCUGGAGAAGCCAAACACCUGCUCGUUCUCUCCUUCGCCAAGGCACUGCAGCCGAAGUGUUUCCCCAUUCCCUCGAAGACAUCUAAAAAUGUUUUACAAGGCUAGGUGGGAAAAAAAUUGCUAUUGUAACUUGAUAGCUUUUCCAAUUUCUCUAUCUAGGAAUACUGCAGAGAUAGGAAUGUAGUUAGGUAAGUGAGCCAUAAUAUUAUAGAAUUCUACUUGUUUUGGUAUUGCAGCUGUUCACAAGUUUCUAGUUCUCAUUAAAAUUGGUGGUGUGUGAAUUCAUAGGUAAAUUAAAGACUGGGACCUUUUUGCUUUUUAUAUUUUGAACUACGGUAGUUUCUUCCAUGAAUUGUACUACUGUACUGAAAAAACAUGCCUGCUGGUGUUUGUAACCCAGUGGAACUUUCGUUUUUAAGUACUUAUUGUCAGUCCAAAUUUUUACCUAAUUCAAAAAUGACUGGGGUCUAACAAUGUUUACCGAUAGCCAUUUUGUUUUGUUUUUUUGCUUAUUUAGAAACAUUUGUUUUGUUUAAUUAUUAAAAGAAUCACCUUUAAAUAAAAAGAAAUAUGUAUAUAAGCAGCAUUAUUCAAUAUAAUAAAAACUGAAAGCAAAAAGUGAACAUCAACAAUAUUUGUGACUUUCCAGAAAUUUACACCUAAUCUAAAACAACCAGAUUUUAAUAAGACCAUUCAAAGAUAGCCAUUUUGUACUUUCUGAAAAUGAUAAACUUAGGGAUUUUGAUGAUUCAUUGUAAUAAUUUCCCCCAUUGCAAUAGCAUAGCCUGCAUUUGCUUUUAGGUUUAGGUGAUAUUUUUUAAAGGCUACAUCUUUCUCUUUUUAAACAUAAGAGGUGACCAGAAUCCAUUUACAAUUAAAUUUUACGCAGUACAAUACUGAUAAUUCAAAUAGUCUCGGAAUUAUCUAAAGUUCACCAUUACUAGAAAUCUAUAUUAAUAGGUCUCCUCUGCACUAGACAUUUAAAGCAGGAUCGAGGUCUCCCAACAACUCUCAACACCUUUAACAAACUACAGUUCCCUUCAGGAGGAAGCCAUGACUCUUUAAACUGGAGUGAUACCGCUUUAAAUAGGGCCAUAGAAUGCUGUUUUAUUUUCAUAUAUAGUUAUAUUGGGCUUUCUGGGUUAUUUAUUUAUAACAAGGAUUUUUGGAUGACCAAAAUUCCUGUUGCUGUAACUUUUUUAAAAAUCUGAAUUAUUUUAAACACCUUAUAAGUUUGAAUGAAAUCUGCUGCACUGUAUUCAUUGUCUGCUUAGCAAUGCCCUUUGAGCUUUAGACUUUGUUACUGAACUAGGAUUAUUUUUUUGGUUUGCUGUACUGUAUUGAAAAUGGGCCCCUGAAUGCCAGUUUCAGAGUUAAUUGUAGCGCUAGUGAUUUCACAGUAUUUUUAUAUAAAUAAUUUUGAAGAUGAGAUUAUUGUUAGAGGCAGUGUUUGACUUGACUUUUUUUAAAGGACAUCUGGUGCUGUAGCUUUUCAUGUAGGUCAGACUUCUACAUCUCUGACCUUGGUCUUUCCCCCUAUCCAUUAGGAAUCAGGUAUUUGGCCUGUAUUCAGGUAAUUUUUUCCCAUUUGCUGGUAUUUAUGCCUUUUGAAUAAUGAAAAAAUACUAGCAGGUUUGAGCUAUCAAGGUUUGUUUUAAGUAUUCAGAAUUAUGGAGCAUGUAGUUUGAUCUAUUUUUUUAAAAAUAAUAAUCCACAAAUGGUUCUGAACAUACUCUGGAAUCCAAGCCUUUACUCAUUUGUUUUAGCUGAGUUAGGCAAGUGUAAAAAAUAUGAUCAAAACAAAGCACUUAUCAACAUUCCAUUUAUAGAGAGAAUUUUUCACCUUUUGAACUGGGUGCCUGCAAAAAAAUCUCUUUUUCUUUAAGCAGCAGAAGCUUAAGCUGAAGAAAACUCAGGAUCUCGUUUUACAAUUUGCAUUCCUCAAAACCCACUUUCUGCGAUGUGUUCCAUAUUGAUGCUUACUGUGAUUAAAAUUUUAGGUAGAUCAAUCCCAAGUCACAGGAGAGUUUUUGUUUUGAUUCAAAGAUUCACUGAAACAUGUCUACUUUGAAGUCUAUGGGGAUUAGGAACAGCAGUGUCCUAUUGAUUUGUUUACAGGUAGAAAUUGAAAGCUUUGAUAAGUGCUUUGCAGUUGCACUAUGUAAAAAUUCACCAUGUGUGGUGAAUUCAGUUUGCUUCAAACAUUCACCGCUCAUGUGAUUGAUGAAUUCCCAAAGUAUGAGGCAGGCCUUAACUUUUAUGUACAGUUGUUGACAGAGGUAUAAUAUCAAUGAUGCUAGAAAAUGAAAUAUUUGCUUUCCCUUUUCCUUUCCUUUUCAGAGGUUAUAUAUCCACUUGCUUGUUUUGUUGAAGAUCCUGUGAUUCUUUCAUAGG